CCUCGGAGAAUUGACUGUCACUACUAUCAUCUCUGCUACAACGGAAAAUGCUCCCAGGCUUACCACAAUGUUAUUGUGAAAGACGAAGGCUGAACAGCACUGCACAUUUUCCACUCUUCAAUUACAAUAAUAAAAUGCCAUUGUCAUCCACUUCUCAUCUCAAUCUCACAUCAUUAUGUUGGAGGCGCUGCACAAUGUGCACAUUCUGCUUACUACACACAAACCCCCUGAAGACUGCUCUACGUAUCUUCAAUUAUUGCAGACAUUUAUUCUCAAGAACGCGCUUUCACAAGGAAAAAAUGUUCACUCUUUCAUCGUUCACAGGGGAUUCGCCUUUGCUACACGCAAACCUUUUCAUAAUAAGCUUAUUUUCAUGUAUGUCAAGUGUGGAAGUUUGGUGGAUGCCAGAAAAGUCUUUGACCAGAUGAAAGAGCGAGACAUCAUCUCAUGGAAUACGAUUAUUACAGCAUACAGAAGACAUGGUUAUCCUCAAGAGGCAGUCACACUGUUUCACCAUAUGCAGCAAACAGGUUUCCAACCCGAUCAGUUUACGUUCGCCAGCGUACUGCCAGCCUGUGCCAAAAUGGGAGCUUUGGAACAGGGUGUGGACAUUCAUCAAAGUAUAAAGGAUAGAGGAAUUUCGUCAGAUGUUGUAGUUGCAACUGCCCUGGUAGACAUGUAUGCAAAAUGUGGAAGCAUAGACAAAGCACGUGAACUGUUUGACAAAAUGCCUCAAAGAAAUGUGUUCUCAUGGACUGCGCUGAUUUCAGGAUAUGCACAGAAUGGAUUUGCUGAUAAGGCUUUAGAAACUUUUAAGCAAAUGAAAUUGGCAGGUGUAAAACCUAAUUCCACAACCUUUGCCAGCGUGCUCCCUGUCUGUACCAAAAUGGGAGCUCUGGAACAGGGAAUAAGCAUCCAUCAAAGCAUAAAGGAUAAAGGAAUUUUUUCAGAUGCUGUAGUUGCAACUGCGCUGGUAGACAUGUAUGCAAAAUGUGGAAACAUAGACAAGGCAUGUGAACUGUUUGACAAAAUCCCUCAAAGAAAUGUGAUCUCAUGGAAUACCAUGAUUGUAGGGUUUGCACAUAAUGGAUGUUUUGGAAAAGCUUUAGAAACUUUCAAGCAAAUGCAAUCGUCAGGUGUAAAUCCAGACUCCACAACCUUUGCUACCAUUCUCCAUGCGUGUGCAAAAAUGGGAGCUUUGGAACAGGGUAUAGACAUCCAUCAAAACAUAAAGGAUAGAAGAAUUUUGUCGGAUGUUGUAGUUGCAACUGCCCUGGUAGACAUGUAUGCUAAAUGUGGAAGCAUAGACAAGGCACGUGAAGUGUUUGACAGGAUGCCUCAAAGAGAUGUGGUGUCGUGGACUGCAAUGAUUGCAGGAUAUGCACAAAAUGGAUUAGUUGAGAAGGCUUUAGAAAUUUCCAAGCAAAUGCAAUUGUCAGGUUUAAAGCCAAAUUCCACAACCUUUGCUAGCAUCCUUCCUGCCCAUGCCAAAAUGAGAGCUUUAGAACAGGGUAUGGACAUCAAUCAAAGUAUAAAUGAUAGAGGAACUUUGUCAGAUAUUAUAAUCGCAACUGCCCUAGUAGACAUGCAUGCAAAAAAUGGAAACCUAGACGAGGCACGUGAACUGUUUGACAGCAUGCCUCAAAAAGAUGUCAUCUCAUGGACUGCAAUGAUUGCAGGAUAUGUACAAAAUGGAUUUGUUGAAAGGGCUUUGGAAACUUUCAAGCAAAUGCAAUUGGCGGGUGUAAAGCCAAAUUCCACAACCUUCGCCAGUAUCCUCCCUGCCUGUGCCAAAAUGGGAGCUUUGCAACAGGGCAUGGACAUCCAUCAAAACAUAAUUGAAGGAGGAUUCUUUUCAGAUAUUACAGUUGGAAAUGCCCUGGUAGACAUGUAUGCAAAAUGUGGAAGCAUACACAAGGCACGUGAACUUUUUGACAGAAUGCCUCAAAGAGAGGUUAUCUCAUGGAAUGCAAUGAUUGGAGGAUAUACACAAAAUGGACUUUAUGAAAAAGCUUUAGAAACUUUCAAGCAAAUGCAAUUGGCAGGUGUAAAGCCAGACUCCACAACCUUUGCCAGCAUUCUACCUGCCUGUGCCCAAAUAGGAGCAUUGGAACAGGGUAUGGACAUCCAUCAAAGCAUAGAGAAUAGAGGAAUUUUAUCAGAUGUUGCAGUUGCAACUGCAGUGGUGGACAUGUAUGCAAAAUGUGGAAACAUAGAAAAGGCACGUGAAUUGUUUGACAGAAUACCCCAAAGAGAUGUGAUCUCAUGGAAUGCAAUGAUUGCAGGAUAUGCACAAAAUGGAUUUUGUAGGGAUGCUCUCAAAAUCUUUGAAUUAAUGAAACACCCUGGAACAUAUCCUGACAUUGUAAGCUUUGCUUGUGUUCUAUAUGCUUGCAGCCAUGCAGGUUUAGUGGAUGAGGGUUGUACAUACUUCAAUCACAUGAUUAACCAUUAUUGCAUUAGACCUACAAUUGAUCAUUAUGUUUGCAUGGUUGACCUUCUUGCCCGUGCUGGGUAUCUUGAGGACACACUAAACUUUAUCAUUAAGAUGCCAGUUAAACCUCUCGUUGUUGUGUGGAUGUGCUUUUUGGGUGCCUGUAGAUCCCAUAUGAAUAUUGGCUUAGGAGUAUUUACGGCAACACUGCUUUUUGAUUUGGAUCCUAAAAAUGUUGCCACAUAUGUUCUUCUCUCAAAUAUCUUCGCGGAAGUGGGCAGGUGGGGUGAGGUUCAAAUGGCAAGGAGAUUGAUGAAAGAUCAAGGAAUUAAAAAGAUCCCUGGAUGUAGUUGGAUUGAAAGGCAUAAAAUGGUACAUGUUUUUCAUGUAGGAGACAGAUCACAUCCACAAACACAAGAGAUCUAUGCGAAGUUGGAGAAAUUGUCUCGGGAGAUGAAGGCGGCAGGGUAUCAUCCAGAUCCAAGGCAUUCACUUAAUGCUGUGGAAGAGGAAGAAAAAGAAUUAUUUCUGUCUCACCAUAGUGAAAAGUUGGCAAUUACAUUUGGUUUGUUAAACAGUCCACCUGGAACAACUAUUAGAGUUGUUAAGAACCUUAGAGUAUGUGCUGAUUGUCACACUGCAACGAAAUUUAUCUCCAAGAUUGUUGCAAGAGAAAUUAUUGUGAGAGAUGCAAACCGUUUCCAUCAUUUUAAACAGGGACAAUGUUCCUGUGGGGAUUUUUGGUGAUGCUAAUGAAACAAUCUGGAAAAACGGGUUUGCACUAUGAUAAUGUGUACCAUAUCAGACCGUCAAGGAUAAAAAAUGGACAAGAUUUUAUUAAAUUAGAUAUAUAAACUGCAAUGCAGAUCACUGGUUAUAUACAGACCUGUUUUAAGAUAAUAUACAUGUUUCAUUAAAUCAUUUUCGCCAAAUCUGUGUAUGAAACAAGAA